AUGGACUAUGAAUAUGAGUUAAUCGAAGUGGAAGGAAAACACAAUUGCAGUUAUUUAGGAACAGACUAUGUGAUAGGAAAGAUGUUUCUGAUUGGCCUAUUCGCCACGUUGAUCGCCGUCACUUCCAUCAUUUUCAACACAUUCUACACUAUCGUGUUUAUUCGGAAUCCCUCAUUAAGACGUAGCGGUGUGUUCUACUUUGGCGUCAUCGCAGUCAUCGACAUCAUCAUGGGCAUCAAUUAUUUGGCUCUCAUGGUUGUUCCAGUCUACAUGGAUUAUUAUCACUACCUCCCACUUUGGCACAUGUUCGUCUCUUACGUUCGGAUAGUCAUGACUGAAUCCAGCUGCGCCAUGUUCGCUUCAAUGCUCAUGAUCGUGUUGGCAACAACGGAAAGAUUUUUGAAGACGUUCGACGGAAAAACGAUAUCUGUAUCUAGAAAGUUCUUGGAGAGGAAUCGAUACGGCGUCAGCGCAUUAUGUAUUCUCCUGGCAUGUGCCUACAAAUAUGUUACUUAUUUUGAAUUAGACGUCGAACGGUAUCCAGAAUGUCCCGAUUUUGAAGAAUACGAAAUCGCUGCGGGACCAUACGCUAAAGAUAAGAAUUAUCGUUUCUAUUUCAUGUUCCUUCUUCGUAACACACUUGACAGAAUUCUCCCGUUUUUGGUUCUUCUCACAAUGAACAUAUUGAUUGUGAAGGCGGUGAAGGAAGACGAAAGACUGAAACUACAAAAGGAGUCAGUUGUGAGUAAUGGGAAAACGGUGAACUUGAAAUCGCACCGAAGGAAUGUAAAGGACGCGACCAGGGCAUUGAUCAGUCUUGUCUCCAUUUAUCUCUUGUCGCAAUCUCUUCAGGUAUUUCUGACUGUCUGGGAGACUAUUAACCGGUCAAGUCUGGAAGAUGGAUUCCCUGUCAUGUACUCUUAUCUCAAUGACAUUGUUUCGAUUUUCACACUGCUGGCAAGUUGCCUCCGCUUCCCCAUCUACUUUUGCUGUAACCGUCUCAUCCACACUGCCUCCAUCGAUACUCUCCACGGAAUGAGAAUCACUUGUUUCAUGGGAAGUUCCAAGAAACCACAGGAGUACUCGCCAAUUCACGGUAUUCCCAACUCUUUGGAAUGUGGUGGAGCUAUUGAUGGUGGAUCGAAGACGUCGUUGAGCUCUCCUGAAAGCAUUUCCAAACCGUCGGCAGUGUACGAUGAGAAGCUUCAGGAAUGGAGAUUAUGA